AGCGCACGACAUUAACGCAGCGGAAGCACACCCCGUCAAAGCACUGGGGCGGCGGCAACACCGUUCCUGAAGCAACUAGAGAUCAACCAAAACAAAAGGUCCAAACGAAGGCUUCCCUUUCCCGCCUGACCGAAGCCCACCUCUUCCUUCUCCAUCACGUUAUAUAGUGCUGCCAGCACACCUCUGUUCACUCGCAUAGAUCUGUAGAACCAAACACCAUCCAAUAAGCCGCACGAACGUUUCGACGCCACCUCCGCAUAGACGCACAUCGCAACGCUGCGAUUGCAAGAGUAUCACUAUUUAGGCAGCGAUCUUUGUUUUCUCCUUCUUCCCUCGCUGCCUUUCUUUGUUUAUUAAUUCGAUGAAGGUGUUUUGCCGCUUUGCGCCAUCCAACGGCCCGGUAUCGGCCCUCGACGUACGCAGCCGCGACGCGCCGCUGCUGCUGCUGCGUGCGGAGGGACAGCCGCUCACCACGUCCGCCACAACCACUACGGGGACUCGCGUGCAUCUAGCCGAUCCUGUCACCCUCAGCAAGGCAGCCUUCAGCUGCGACGGCGUCUUUCUUCCUCUUGGGACGGCGAAAGACGUAUCAGCGCGGCCUCAGGCGCAGCCACCACAGCAGCAGCAGCAGCAAGAGCUGCUCUACACCUCCACAUGUCGGUGUUUGCUGGAGUCCGUCGCACCAACACCGGAGCGGGUGUCGCCGUCACUUGUAUCCGCAGCGACCGCACGAGGACACGUUCCACGGCGUAUUUACCUUGCCUACGGGCAGACCGCCAGCGGCAAGACCUACAGCCUCUUCGGGGAAGCCCCCGCCCGUCAGGGCAGGCGAGACGGUCUUCCUCCUGCCGCCGGUGUGGUGCCGCGCUACCUUUUCGAUGUGUUCCGCUCCAGUGUGUUUGUGGAUGUGUCAUGCUUUGAGGUGUAUAAUGAGGUGACCACCGACCUCGUCGCGCUCUCCACCACGCUGGCAGCCGCACGAGCCGGCAGCGGCGUGCACCGUGGACGCUGCGGUUCUGCGCGUCAACCAGCAGCGGCGCUUCAGCAGGAGCAGGCGUCGGUGUGGGCGGCCCACCGCCUUUACCACGACGAGCAGGGGGACGGGGAGGAUGACUUCUCCGUGCAAAGCAUCAGCAUCGGUGGUAGUCCUCGCGUUGCACUCACCAAUGUGUCCUCGCAGGCCUCGCAGGAGGAGUUCGGCAGUCCAUCCGCGGCGCCGUUUGUCAAGACGGAGUAUAAAGCGACGGAGAAGCAGCAGGUGUUGCGGUCGGUGGAGCGGGCUCGAUGCACGUCCUUUUCGGAGGCGCAGGCGGUGCUGCACGCCCUCCUCACCCUUCGCCGGGAAUGCGCGACAAGUCAGAACCAACGCUCCUCGCGCGGCCACCUUGUGUUUCGGGUGGAGGUGUACACGCCGAUGGCAACAGCGGAGGAGGACGGGUGGGUGCUGCAGCACGAGACUGCCUUUGUCGACCUCGCCGGCUCAGAGAGCGGACGACUCACAGAAGGUGAUCCAUCUUCUUUGAACGAACAGUAUGUUGCUGCUGCUGCCGCCGCUGCUGGUCACCACCGUCGUCGCGGCCGUUCCUCCGGGCCAGCGUCGCUCCACAAUGACAGUCUCCUCUCCACCUCCCGCGCGAGCAGUCAGCACAGUCGCAUCUCUCACGAGAGCUCCGUGCACUCCGCCGGGUCAUCGCGGCAGAGCACCAGCAGCAACACCAGCAGGGACGGUGUGGCGGCGUAUCACCGGUACUUACUGCACCCGCCGCAAGAGGAAGACGGCAGGGCCCUGCGUGCGCGACGCCUGCGCGAGACGCAGUGCAUCAACGCGAGUCUGCUGGCGCUGCGAAAGGUGUUUCGAGCCCUCUACGAAGCGACGAAGCUAACUCGGUCAUACAACGCGUUGGUGUCGAGGCACGGCGCCGGGCUGCCCAGGCGUCCGCCGCUGCACCACGCGCCCUUUAAAGACAGCGCGCUCACGGCCAUUCUUCAACCCUUUCUCCUCCCACAAGCUGCCUCGCCGACGGGCACGCAGGAUCCAUCGCAGCAGCAGCAGCAACAGCCGAGCACAAUGGUAGGUGUGCAAGUGGUGCUACUCGUGUGCUGCUCCAGCUGCUCCGCCGACUUCUACGAGACGGUCGCAUCGCUGCGACUGGGGGCGGAGGCGACGGCGGUGAACCCCGAGGUGGUGCUGCGUGCGCUGCCCGUGCAACGACGGGAGCAGCAGCAAGAAGAGGAUCAUCGACUGAAUGUGUUGAAAGUGCAGGGCGACAACGGUGGUGGUUUUGGUGAGGCACGUCGCUCGCGGAGGACAGCGGCAGGACCGCAGCCCCUCUUUCGCAGCGCAUCGGCGCCCAAUCGACCACUGCUGUUGCUGUCAGAGUCAGCGGGGGCGCCGUACGCCGUGGAUGAACACGCAGGCGGCAACCGCUACGAUGACGACGACGGAGACGCAGCAUCCGGGCAGCGAAGAGCGGACAGCAGCAGCGAUCUUCGUGGUAAAGGGAAAGGGAAAGAGAUGUGGGGUCCACAACGCACGUCAGCAGCAGCAGCUACAGUACCGGUGCCACAACCGGCAGGCCACACGCAUGGCAGCGGCAAGAGUUGUAGCUGUGGCUAUGUAGAAGAAGUGACGCAGCUGCGGGAGGAAGUGCAGCGCUACAAGGGCACCGCACAGCAGCUGUACAAGCAGUGCAAGUCCCUCUGCGAGAGCUACGACGAGUGCGUGGAGGAACUGGGGAAGUGCCGCGCCGCGGUGGCUGCAAAGGAUGCGCAGAUCGCAGAGCUGAAAAGGCGACUGGCCUCCGCUGUCGACGUGACUGGUCCGUGUCGAGCCGCACGCCUCGACUCUCCUCCGCCCCCUCCCCUCCCCUCUCCCCUCACCAAACACAGCAACGCUACGAGGGAAGUACCCGCCGGGCCGUCUACGCCGACAAGGAACGAUGCCCUUGUGCCGCCGCCCCGUGGGACGGAAGGAUCGUCAUCGCCGGCUGCACGGUCGCCGGGGUGCUCCUCCAACGUCGCACGCUCAAAGCAGCAGCUGCGGCAGGAGGAACCGCUUUACGAAAUGGGCCGCAUCUCACGGGAGGCCGCGACAGCCGGACGAACCGCCGGCGCGCAGGCAGCAGUGGGGACAGGAACGAGAUCGGAAGGGCGAGGGACGACAAUAACAGCGGCGUCAGCGAGACCUUCGCGGUCUCGCGGGAUGACGAGCUCCACUGCGCGGGAGGAAAGCGCGCGUUGUUUGGUGAGUCUCUCGCCUUUCUCCACUGCAUCUGUAACAGCUGUUGCUGCUGCAUCUUCCGCGUCUGCUGCCGUGGCCGGGGAGGCAGCGGAGGAGCGCGAAGAUGAAGCAGCUGAAGACGAGCCGGAAGAAACGGAAGGCGCAGACGAGGCGAAGAGGUCACGCGAGCGCAGUGCGGAGGAUGACCUUGAUGUUCCUCCCUCCUCUUUCUCUAGUGUGCACGCAAACCCUUCCGCGUUCGACGGUUCGUCGAAAGGAAAGGAAAACGCUCAGGAUGUCGACCGGAGCACGAUACACGCAAGACAACAGCAGAAGGCGCGUUCCAUCAUGAACGCCCUCCUCGCACGGCAGAUUUUUCCUCUCGCGGAGCCACACGCCACCGCUUUGCCUUCCGCUCCCGCUCGUGAGAACUCACCCUCGCCGCUGCUACCGACGCUUACGGCCCACGGCACCACCGCCACCACCCCCGCAAACACGGCGAAGGGACCGCUGCAGUCAGUGAUGAUAAAUUCUUCAAUAAAUCCACCGUGUCCAUCCUGCCGCAACGCGCGCUCCUCGACAUCCGUGCCGGUGCACGUCGGCAGCAGUGGCGCCACCGCCUCGUCCACGACCGCGUCGGAGGAGGCGCAGCGCAGUUCGAGCGGUGAGGGACGAGUAAUAGAAGUUGAAGUUGAAGACGCGACGGCGGCGGUUACCGUGCUGGAGCAGCGUACGCCGUCUGUGAAAGACAGCGAAUCGGCUGGUCGUGUUGCUCAAGCAGCAGCAGCAGCAGUAGUUGCAGUCGAAAGGGCGAUGCCAACAAACGGUAGCCGUCAACCACAGGAGAGCGCAGCUUGCUCUUCUCUUCAACUGUCAGCUGACGUCCAGCAGGCCGGUUCCCGUGCGUCUCGAAGUCCCACCACGUCUGCCCAAGUCACCAUCGUCUCAAUGGACCGAGGCGAGGAAACCCGCUGCACCGAAAACGAAGCGUUGCGAGAAAUCGUCAUCGCCUUUCCUGGGAGUCCGGCGGGCCGCGCCGCGGUAAACUCGCAAGGCAGCACGCGGCGUUCGAGGAGCACCGUUUACGCCGCCCUGCUGCCGCCGUCGCCAAGCCGCAGCCCCGCUGGCAGCCGCUCGCCGUCCUUAGAUGCGGCUCCACCAAGCACCUGCGACGUGCUGCAGUUGUGA